AUACAUUUUACGUGCCGUUAUCUGGAACACGAAGGAUGUCGUCAUGCAAGAGACAAGUGUUGUGACUGGAGAAUCCAUGUCAGACAUUUUCGUCAAAGCCUUUUUGCAGGGGCGCAUUCAGGAAUCACAGAAAACUGACAUCCAUUACAGGAGCAUGGACGGGGAAGGCCAGUUCAAUUGGAGGAUGGUAUUUUCCUUCGAUUAUCUCGAAGCAGAGCAGGUAAUUGUGCAUAAGGAAAGCAAGGGAUUAUGGAAAGACAGCAGAGAGCUGAAGGUUCCUCCUCGUCUGGUCUUGCAAAUCUGGGAUGACGACAAAUUUUCCAGGGAUGACCAACUCGGUAAAGAAGUCUGA